AUGGUUUCGCCGGACGAGCGUGCGCCGCUCCUCCAUCACCCCGCAGAGGAAGACGAGGAUGGACAAGAGUUUCGCGUCCACGAGAAUCACGUCCCCCAAAACAGCUUCAGCACCGCAGAUCGCGUCAUGGUCUUGGCCUUGCUCUCGCUCGUCAUCCUCACCAGCACCGUCGGAUCUGUCCUCGGCGACGGAGGCCUCAACCGCAUUCAACUCGACAUCAUCUGCCAUACGGCCAACUCUACCGCUGCGCCUGGCACCGAGCCAUGUGAUUCCAAGCAGUCGAUUCACGAGGCCGCCAAGUUGCAAGCGUGGAAGCGCAGCUUGUCCAUGUUGAUCGGCCUCCUGACGCUCGUACCCUACGGUCUUGCGGCCGACAGCUUCAGUCGCAGGAAUCUCCUGGCUCUAUCUGUCGCCGGGUCGCUUGUCUCCAAGGCAGCAGAGAUCAUCGUUUGCGCAUUCCCCCAUGCCUUCAACGUACGCCUCGCAUGGCUCUCUUCACUGUUUACCGUCGUUGGAGGCGGACCCUACGUCUUCUCUGCCGUCGUAUUCGCUCUUGCCAGCGAUGUUUCAAGCAAAGCACAGCGAGCCACAGUGUUUUUCGGCGUACAGUCUCUCGCAUGGGCCGCUGGCAUCAUCAGCCAGCCCUUGCUCGUGACAUUGCGCCACAGGGAUCCAUGGCUCGCCGUUUACGCUGGCCUUGCCAUGAUUUGCGCUUGCGCUGCACUGGUUCUUUUCUUGCCAGCCACCCGCGACGCCGCCUCUCUAACCGGGACAAGUUGUGUAACCGAGGAGUCGAGCUCAACCUCAUCCACCUGGGCAACGAAUUGGUAUGCCCGCGUCAAGUCUGCCACAAGGCCUCUGUGGACCACGGCUCGGUGGAUUUUGCUGGACAACAAGACGCUGGGGGCAGUUUUACUCGGGGUACUCUUUGUAAACAUGUCGGCACUUUCUCCUUCCACGGCCUAUCGGUACGCGCUUGAGCGCUUUGACUGGUCACGUGAGCGUGUCGUCGUCGGCAUCCUGCGUGUCAGCUCGUGGUCGACUCUGGCCGUGACGGCAGUCGCGCUGCCCGUCGUAGCGCAAGUCUUGACGAGACUCGACUUGACGCCUCUGCAGCAGAACGUCUGGCUGGCGAGGGUGGUUGUCUUUACCGUCAUGAUAGGGCACUUCAUCAGCGGGCUGUCAACUGCAUGGGGUCCCCUCGUCGUUGGCACAGCGCUAGUGGCCUCUGCACGGGGGUUCUUCGUCGUCAGCAGGAGUUUGCUGGCGAUUCUUGGCAACGACCGCCAUCUCGCGGCGCUCUUCUCCCUGGCGGGGGCCGUGGAAAUCGUUUCGUACUCGAUACGACGGCCGCUGGCGGAGUGGCUACUGCGCGUCGGACGCGGCUGGGGGGACGCCUGGUACGGCUUGCCGUACUUUGUGGGCAUUAUCUUGGCUGCUGUCGGUGCUGUCGUAGCGGUGUCGUUGAGGCCUGGCGGGCGGUUGUCGGAUGAACAAGUCCAGGAUGACGAGGCUGCGUAG